AUGGAUGAGCAAGUCUCAUUUCCGUUGCCCAAAUCGCUGGACACCCGGGUGCAUAUGCGCCUGAUCACCAAGUCGAAAGUGCUCAUAGUCCACUUGACAACUGUGUCAGCAGAGGAGAAUGGGAACGCCGUCCCCAUGGGAUCCAUGGUCUAUGCACUACCCGAUCGAUUCAACCCAGGCGUUCCUCUAUCAACGCCAAUCUACAAGGAGGAGCCCACCUAUGACUUUGCCGCUCGUCUCGCCAGGAUUCUUGUCAAGAAGACGCAGAUGCAUGUAUAUCUGUCCAACUCCAUCAGUCUGGCCAGCACUGGCCUAGGUGGCACUUUUGAGGAGGAGAUGGAGGCGUUCAAGAAGGUCGCCGAAGUCGCUCUGGAAAAGCUGCAGCAUCUAAGUCAACCACCGGCAAAUGUGUCAAACGGGACGCACGAGGCAUGA